GCGCUCUCAUCAGGAGCAGUAAAGUAUAGCAGUCUCACGCAGCUCCGACAUUCCGGCACUCUCACAGUUCCGUCAGUUCUAGGGAAUUCUUAUCCAGGGAAACCGUUCUGAAUCGAAGACUUCCUCUUUGGAAUCACUAACCGUCACAACCGUAUGUCGAAUAAUUUCACCAUGGACCCCAUCAAUUGCUCAACUGUGGAUCUUUCUGAUGUUCUGGCCAGCCGGAUGAGUCCCAGUAAGAUCCUCCUCUCCCUGACUCUCUCCUUCCUGGCUGUGGCGACCACCGCCAUCAACUCCCUGGUCAUCACUGCUAUCCUGAUCACCCGCAAACUCCGCCAACCCGCCAACUACCUCAUCUGCUCUCUGGCCGUGACAGACCUCCUGGUAGCUGUUCUAGUGAUGCCUGUCAGCAUUGUGUACAUCGCAGAAGAGAGAUGGGUUCUCGGUCCGAUAGUAUGCCACCUGUGGUUGGGCGUCGAUGUCACAUGCUGCACCUGUUCAAUUUUACACCUGGCCGCCAUUGCGCUUGAUCGAUACCGCGCCAUCACAGAUGCUGUGGCGUAUUCCCAGAAACGCACGUAUAAAAGAGCAAUCAUAACCAUUUUAGCCCUGUGGACACUGUCUGUGUUGGUGUCUCUACCGCCUUUAGUGUGGAGGAAAUCCUCUAGUGUGGAACACAAGGAUGGGAAGAGGGAAGUCAUGGACUGCUGGAUUGAGCACGACCACGUGGCCUUCACUGUCUACUCCACUUUUGGAGCAUUCUAUAUUCCACUGGCCCUCAUUUUGGUUCUUUACUACAAGAUCUACAAGGCGGCGGAGACACUGCGUAACCGUCGAGGGAGCAGCCGAUUAGUCAAACAGACAGUGAGCAGUGUCAUGCUUCCUGGAAUGAGCUCUGAUAAAGACAUCGCCCUCAGUCCCGACGCAUUCUGCCCAAUCGAGAAGUCAUUUUCCGAUCCAUCAACAGAUGGGGAAAGGGUGCGCAUCACUUCCUCGUCAGGUAAUCUCAUCAAGGUCCGCAGGAACCCAGGGGCUAGGGAGAGACGGGCUGCUUUGACAUUAGGACUAAUCCUGGGAGCCUUCGUGGUGUGUUGGCUACCGUUCUUCCUGAAGGAGGUGAUAGUGAAUAUUUGCCCGACCUGCAGCGCCUCUGCUGUGCUUGCAGAUUUCCUCACCUGGCUUGGGUAUCUCAAUUCCCUCAUCAAUCCGCUAAUAUACACCAUCUUUAACGAGGACUUUAAAAAAGCAUUUAAAAAACUUCUGCCCCUCUGUUGCAGCAAUGUCCUUUGAAAUUGACCGGGAGGAAAAGAAAAAAACACGAGGUUUCAUCUGACAAACUUUUGAGUUUGAAAGCGGCAAGGUACAAUGACAAUCCUGUCAUACUGUAGAUGAAUUGACUUCUGCAAGGAUUACACAUCUGUCAGACACAUUUCAUAUUGUUUAUAUAGUGCCUGUAAAUACUUUGGUACAUGAAUGCAUGUAAAAAAAAAAUCAACCUAUUUGCUCCACUUAAAGAUUUCAGUAUUUUGAAAUAGAGAAUUUUAUAUAAAAUUUAAAAGCGUCUGGUGCACAAUGUUAUGUAAAUCGCUGAAAAAGCGUAAAAGCCCCUGCUGAACUACGCCAUUUGGAUCCCAAAAGAAUUUUUCUUCAUUCAAAUGUUGCUGUGUAUACUGGUGAAAUUGUUUUAUGAAAAUAUAAAUGUUCAAUAUUUUUAGUAUAUUAUCAUUAUUUUGCCAGUGACUGAUUUUUUUAUUUUUUGGAGGGCUCUCAAAAGCGUGAAUGAGGGCUUGGGAUUACAUGUUCAUGUGGUGGGAUCAGCCACAUGAUUAUGAGUAUUGAUUAUUUGUGCCCUUCAAGUGUUGGAAAUAUCAGAAUUAUGAGUUCAAAGCACAUGAAUGACCAAAGUCUAAAAACUCUGAAUUCUAGAUGAUACAUGAAUUGUGGUAUUGGAAGAGCCGUGCCUAUUUGAAACAUCGCAGAAACACUGAUCUAUGCUAUAGAUGCUAGCUUGCUACUAUAGAAGCUUUAUUAUUAUGCAAGUGACAUAUCA